AUGAGCGGUGUUCAAUUGAAACGAUUACUUGUUGCCUUGAACCGAGUUAAACAACAUGGAUAUAUCCCAGUGUGUAAACAAUCAACAGCUGUUCAACCGAAAAAAGAACCUGAAAAAGUAGAAGUUUUCGUCGAUGGUAAACCUGUGCAAGUGGAACCAAAUUCAACUGUCCUUCAGGCAUGUGCUGUUGCUGGUGUCGAGAUUCCACGUUAUUGUUAUCAUGAACGUCUAUCGAUUGCUGGUAAUUGCCGAAUGUGUCUUGUGGAAAUUGAAAAGACACCUAAACCGGUUGCCAGUUGUGCCAUGCCUGUCAUGAAAGGCAUGCGAAUUCUCACUGAUUCGCCAUUGACAAAACGAGCACGCGAAGGUGUCAUGGAAUUUCUACUUGUCAAUCAUCCAUUGGACUGUCCAAUUUGCGAUCAAGGUGGUGAAUGUGAUUUACAAGAUCAAUCAAUGGCAUUCGGUAGCGAUCGAAGUCGUUUUACCGAUAAUGAAUUUUCUGGCAAACGAUCAGUAGAAGAUAAAAACAUCGGUCCACUUGUAAAAACUAGCAUGAACCGUUGUAUUCAUUGUACACGUUGUGUUCGUUUUGGAAAUGAAGUCGCUGGAGUUAGUGAUCUUGGCACAACUGGACGUGGUGGAGAUAUGAUUAUUGGCACAUAUGUCGAACGACUUUUCAUGUCGGAACUUUCGGGUAAUGUUGUCGAUUUAUGUCCAGUUGGUGCAUUACUAUCGAAACCUUAUGCAUUCACUGCACGACCAUGGGAAACAAGAAAAACGGAAUCGAUCGAUGUUAUGGACGCAUUGGGUAGUAAUAUUGUUGUCAGCACACGUAGUGGUGAUGUUCUUCGUGUAAUUCCACGAUUAAAUGAAGAAGUAAAUGAAGAAUGGAUUUCGGAUAAAACACGUUUCUCCUACGACGGUUUGAAAGUACAACGUUUAACAGCUCCAAUGUUAAAAAGCCGUGAAGGUCAUCUUGUUCCAUGCGAUUGGGAAGAUGCAUUAAGUGUUGUUGCUGAACGCAUUGGUCGAUUAGGAAAUGGCUCGAAGGUGGCUGCACUUGCUGGUCGUUUUUGCGAUGCCGAAGGACUUAUUGCUUUGAAGGAUUUCAUGAAUCAACUUGGUUGCGAAACUGUUUGUGUUGAGGAACGUUUUCCCAAUGUUGGCGCUUCAACUGAUCUCCGCAGUAAUUAUCUAUUCAAUGGAACCAUUGCUGGCAUCGAACAAGCCGAUUUAGUCAUUCUGAUUGGCACAAAUCCACGCUAUGAAGCACCAGUUUUGAAUGCACGAAUACGUAAAUCAUAUCUCCAUAAUGAUUUGAGAGUAGCUGUCAUUGGACCAAAGAUUGAUUUAACUUAUUCAUACGAUCAUUUGGGAGAUAGUACGAACAUUCUCAGUGAAUUAGCAUCUGGCAAACACGCAUUUUCCAAGGCUUUAAAUGAAGCCAAACGUCCGUUGGUUAUUUUAGGAAGUGCAAUGUUUGAACGUUCUGAUGCAGCGUCAGUCUAUGCUAGUGCGGCGCAAUUAGCCGAAAAAUUACGUAAUACCGCUUCAAAAGAAGACAGCGAAUGGCGUGUAUUCAAUGUUCUUCAUCGAUUUGCUUCGCAAGUAGCAGCCCUCGAUCUUGGAUACAAACCGGAUGUUAAAAGCAUCAUUGAUUCAAAACCAAGUCUGUUGUAUUUAUUCGGUGCUGACGAAGGUUUAAUCAAACGAGAAGAUUUACCAAAAGAUUGCUACAUUGUCUAUCAAGGUCAUCAUGGUGAUCGCGGUGCCCAGAUCGCUGAUGCUAUCCUCCCCGGAGCUGCAUACACAGAAAAGCAUGGUAUCUAUGCCAACACGGAAGGUCGUGCUCAACAAACCCGUCUAGCAACAACACCACCAGGCAAAGCACGCGAAGAUUGGAAGAUCAUUCGUGCAUUGGCGGAAAUAUGCGGUGUCGGCUUACGUUACAGUGAUCUCGAUGGUAUUCGCGAGCGUAUUGAAGAAGUUGCACCCAAUCUGACUCGUUUGAAUUGUAUUGAAGAAGCAAAUUAUUUCAAACAAAACACAGAAUUAUUGAAACAACAUCAAGCCUCGUUUCAAAAUCAGCCAUUAACACCACCCAUCAAUAGUCUUAAAGAUUUUUAUAUGACCGAUUCAAUCAGCCGUGCAUCAUCGACAAUGGCAAAAUGUGUCAAAGCUGUUGAGCAACAAUUAAAAUCACCGCAUAAAAAUUAG